AUGUCUGCUGAGCUGCGCGGCGUCCUCCAUCGCAUCCGCCUCCACGACUACCUGCCCGUUCUCGUCCAGCAUGGCUUUGACAGCUGGGAUGUAGUGUGCGAUAUCUCCGAGCAGGACAUGGCUUUCCUAGGCUUCAAGCUGGGCCAUCGCCGCGUCUUGGAGCGCGAGAUUGCCGCCUCGCGCAAGGCUUCGUGCGGCCAGUCCCUGGCCUCAGACAGCACCGACCGAAGCCCACACACCACCCCGCCGCCCGAGGACGCUGCCCGCAUCCACUCCACCAGUCCCCCGCGCACUGAAGAAAGGAAGAAGCGACGAUAUCGCCGCAAACCCCGGCCCGACAUCAACGCCCCCAAGAAGCCCAAGACCGCUUACGUCAACUUCGCCGACACCCUGCGCACCGAUCCCGCCGUCAACGCCCUGUCCUUUGUGGAAAUCGCCCGUGAGGUCGGCCGCCGAUGGCAGACGCUGCCCUCGGAGCAGAAGCACGCCUGGGAGUGCCGCGCCGCCCGCGACAUGCAAGAAUACGAGGCGCAAAUGGACGAAUACAAGACGACCGAAAACUACCGCCGCUACCAAAACUACCUCAAAACCUUCACCCAUCACCAGACCCAGGCCAAGACCUCACGCCCAGGGCACCGCCUGCCCGUCGACCACGACCGCAAGUCCAGGAGCAACUCGUCCGAGACCCUCUCCAACGGCUCCGGGGACGGCGCCUCGAGACCCGACUCGGGAUCGCGGAAGCAUGAUGAGUGUCACGUCGCAUUUCAGCUGGCUAUGCAAGAGAUCUCGGUGCGGAGGGACGAAAUCAUCGCCAGGGGGGUUCCGAGCUAUGACUGUCUCCAUCUCCCGCCCCAGGACAAGACCCGCAAGGCCACAAUGUCAUGUAGGGUGGGAACAGGCUCCCUCUUCUUUCUCGUGAGGGAGGAGCAUCUGCAACAGAUGCUAGAUCAUGUUUACUGCAGUGAAAGCAUUGAGCCUUUUCCCCUGAUGCUCGUCCUCCUGUUGGCUGCCGUCGGAGCGCAUUAUGAUGCCGAGUGCAUGACGGAUGCCGAGCGCCACGGUUGCUUUGUUUCUGCAGUCUCCAUGUUUGAGUCGCAAUUCUCCAGCGUCCGCGACUACAGGACCAUGUGGGUCUUCGCUCUACUUUCCAUCCACUCCAUCCUCGAAAAACAUGUAGUUGCGCGACUUACUGUCGCUGCUGGCCUUCAGAUUUCCCGGUCCAAGGAGGCCGAGGAAGCCGUCGAAGCGGGUACGAUCAGUGUGCAGGAUGCCAAUAGACUCAUCUGCACAUUGGUGUUUAUAGAAUGUUGGUUGUCUACAACCUUGGGAUACAAGGCGGACGUGAGAGCAGAGGACAUAACGCGUGCAUGGCCUCGUCUCCUGCAGUCGACCUCACUCUCGGACGCGAUAUAUGUCCAAGGCUGUAAGAUCGGGCUCGUAUCCCGAGAGAUUGCUGAAGUCACCACCCACAGAGCCGCCAGCGCUGUCAGGACCGAACACAUUGAGCUGUUGACCGAGAAGCUUGACGCGUGGCACACAUCACUACCGGCCAACAUGCAGCUUGCUGCACUGACAGACGAGAAACAGUCCUCGUUACUGACCCACUACCAAAGGAGGGCGAUCCUGAUGAUACACAUGUUCUACUUGGGUGCCAUCAUCUCCCUUUACCGGCAGUUGCUGCUCCAGGCAUGCGAGGCCCGGAUUCAUUCCAAAUGGGAUCUGGACAUGCCAUACUCGCAAGUCCAGAGCUAUCGAGCACGUUGCUCAAUCGCCGCACAGCAAAUGACACGGAUGAUGCAGCUCAUCAGCUGGAGCGGCGCCAUGACGAGGCGGUGUUGGGUCAUGAUUUACUGGGCGUUCCAGUCCAGCACAGUGAUCCUCUUUGGUAUUGGCCAGCAAAUGAUGGACCAACGCCCUCCCAUCGAAGAGGACUUCGCCUAUGCCAAGGUCUGCGCCGACAUACUGUGUGCGUGCAGCAAAGUGGAGCCAGUAGCUGCCAAGUAUCUCGCCGUCAUCCAACCCCUCUAUGACGCCCUUGCAGACAAACGGCGGCGCUUGCAACGUCGAACGGCCGACAUGGCAAUCGAAUCGACUCUUCUCCCAUGUGCAGCUCUACCGCAGUCUUGUUCACCACACAUGGAUUCACAGGGCGUAUGUUCCCAGACCCCGCCGACGGCAGAGACAGCCGACGCAGAGAUCAUCUCCAUCGUCAAGAAGCUAUCAGAUUUGCUCGCAGACCCGUUCUCGUUGGGAUUGAAGGCCAAGAUUCAGGGGGUGCGCGAAACGCGCAACGGGGUCGGGACAUAUUCCGUGCUUUGGUGGAAGUGA